UACUAUAUUUGUCCCACAGUUUCGUGAGUAUAUCGAUUGUUUCCUGUGUUUUGAAAUUUUUUAUUUGUUGCGCUCGAACUAGAAAGAUCAAAAUAGGAAAUAUUGAAAAUAGUAGUAAACGAGCUUUUUCAUCGGGAGGUCAAAGCACUAUUUUUUUUUAUAUAUGUAUGUAUAUCCUUGGUAUCAGAGCAUUAAUUCACAUUGCUAAAUGAGAGGAUAGAAAACUGAUGCUUCCCAGGUACGUAAAGUAGUUUUUAAUGUGUAAGGAACGCAAAUAAUUAAAAAAAGGUAAAUAAAUUUCACCAAUUUGCACGAACUCACUUUUUGUAUAUAUGUACAUAUGUUUUUAUUAAAUUUUAUGUGUUGUUUUGUUUUGUAAUUAACCUCGCACAAAUCAUCCUCUUGCAUGCAUUUUCUCAAUGUGUUAAUUCCUCCAAUCGCCUUUUGAACUUUUAUAAACUAAGUAGUUAGUAAAUGUAAAAAGCUUAUUUCAUGCACGCAUCUCACAUUUUAACGCUUUGCACGGCUCCCUAAAAGUUUUGGCAAAUAAUAUGUCGAUGAAUUUUUAACUCGAAACUUGUUCUUCAAAAGUUACUGGGCCUGCUGAUCAUAAUACAUAUUUAUUCAUUGCUCCCAAAACACGUUCAACUUAGAUUUCCUGCCUGAUGAGCCCCUAAAUACGUGGGUAUUGGUCGCCAUUAUUUUUGGCGCUACGCUCUUCAUUUGCAUGUCGGUUCUUUUGUCGCUAUGCUUUUGGCAGCGUCGCAAACGCAAUAGCCAUGGACGUACCUUCCCGCCGGAUGAUUCUGUUUGCGAUCCUAUUUUAAAUGGCAACACUAUACAGGAUAUUAUUGAAAUGACCACUUCGGGCUCCGGAUCUGCUGGUUUGCCAUUACUUGUACAGCGUUCCAUCGCGCGCCAAAUACAACUCUGUCACGUAAUUGGCAAGGGUCGAUUUGGAGAAGUUUGGCGUGGUCGUUGGCGUGGUGAAAACGUGGCUGUUAAAAUUUUCUCUAGCCGUGAGGAGUGUUCCUGGUUCAGGGAAGCUGAAAUAUAUCAAACUGUGAUGUUGCGUCAUGAGAAUAUUUUGGGUUUCAUUGCUGCCGACAAUAAAGAUAAUGGCACUUGGACGCAGCUUUGGCUAGUCACUGACUACCACGAAAAUGGUUCAUUAUUCGAUUACCUCACCACACAUACCGUGGAUACAAAAACUAUGCUCAAUAUGGCGCUCUCAAUCGCCACCGGUUUAGCUCACCUACACAUGGAUAUUGUGGGUACACGUGGUAAACCGGCGAUUGCUCAUCGUGACCUCAAAUCAAAGAAUAUUCUCGUCAAAUCCAAUCUCAGCUGUGCGAUAGGUGAUCUGGGCUUGGCUGUACGUCAUGUGGAAAAGAAUGAUUCCGUUGACAUACCUUCAACACAUCGCGUCGGCACUAAGCGUUAUAUGGCACCUGAGGUGCUGGACGAGAGUAUGAAUGCGCAGCAUUUCGAUUCAUAUAAGCGUGCCGAUGUAUACGCAUUCGGCCUGAUAUUGUGGGAAAUUGCUCGUCGUUGCAACAUUGGCAUGAUUUAUGAUGAAUAUCAGUUGCCCUACUAUGAUGUUGUGCAACCCGAUCCGAGUAUUGAGGAGAUGAAGAAGGUGGUUUGCAUCGAUAAAAUGCGUCCAAAUAUACCAAAUCGCUGGCAUGCUUCCGAAGUGUUGCACGGCAUGGCGAAAGUGAUGAAGGAGUGCUGGUAUCCUAAUCCUGUGGCCCGUCUUACGGCGCUACGCAUAAAGAAGACUCUGGCCAAUAUUACGGUCGAGGAUAAAGUGAAGAACUGAUUGUAGUUGUAGUACGCAGCCAUUUUGGCUUGAACAAACGGGUGUAAAGUGAACUAUUAAGUAAGGAGAAGGCUGUGGCAUAGCGUCUUGCGUUCGUUGCAUUUUAAGUGCUGAACAAUGUGCAAUGAGAGCCUUCUUUACACACCCCUUCCUUUUAGUUUUCUGCUGAAUUUGUAUGUAGAUUUACUAAGAACAAAAAAAAAAGAAAAUUAAGUGGAAACGGGCGGAAAAAUUACCUAAAGAGAAGAACAUACCUUAAAAUACCUAAUUAAAAAUUAACAUAAAAAACCGAAAAAAUAUGGAAAACAGAGAAAUUUAUAAAGCUGUUAUAUUGAUGCAGAGCAUUCUAUUAACGCACUAAAAGUUGUAUUUGUAAUUUUAAACUAUAAUUUAUAAAAUUUGUGUAAGUAAGAACGUAAAGUAAAAUGUGUAUUAGGCUUAAGAGGAGAAGUGAACAACACAAACCGAUUUAAACUAACUAAAAGCAGCAGCUUUAAUGGCCGAAAUUAAGCGGACGAAAAGUAAAUAUUCAAAAGUAACUUUAAGCUAUGUUGCAUGUGUGCAAACAGAAAAAGGAGAAGAGUAAGAAAAUGUAAUGUGAAAUGUGAGGAUUAGUUGUGACAUGUGUGAUGUGGGAAGUAACUAACGUAAAUAUUUUGAGAAUGUACACAAUCUUGAGAUUUUCCUAUAGCAUUCGCUAUUGUAGAUUUUAAGUUUGCGCGUAAUUAGAUAAUUUUACUUUCUUACUUUCUUAGACUAAAUUGUUUGAUUUGUGAAAAUGUUUAGCUUUACCUUUGUUUAUGCUUUAUUUCUUAUUUCUUAUUGCCCACCAUGGCUUUUAUCCAAGAUUCAAGUAAAAAAA